GUGAUGGUGGAUUUAUGUAACAGCACGAAAGGGAUAUGUUUAACAGGGCCCCCAGGUCCCCCAGGGCCUCCUGGGCUUGAUGGACUGCCCGGUUACAACGGAUCAGAUGGAGUCCCAGGUGCACCAGGACAAAAGGGAGAACCAGGAAUAAAUGGAAAAAGAGGAAAAAUAGGUGUGCCAGGACCAAAAGGCGAUCAAGGACAGAAAGGAGAACCUGGAGAAAUGGGUUUACCUGGCAAGGAUGGUGUGCCAGGACAAAAGGGUGCAAGAGGAGCAAAGGGUGAAAAGGGAGAUGCAAACAACGAUGUGAUGUUAGAAGGUGCAAAAGGUGAACCUGGACCGCCAGGGCCCCCUGGACCACCUGGACCCCCAGGGCCUCCAGGAAAACGUAAAGGUAAAAGCAAAGCACAGCUUCAGGAGAACAUCUACUGCAGCAAAUGCACAGGUGAGACAUAUGCUGUACCAAAUGAUGACACCCUGGCUGGAAAAGCUGAAGACAGAACCCCUGCUCCUGCAAAAAAAGCUGAAUGUGUCAUAACAUCUGUAGGAAGUCCUGUUCACUUCGUCAGCGUACAGCAAACGUUUGGAACUUGGAUGCGGGAACCUGCAAAUACAAGCGAUGAGAGGAUCUGGCUUACCAUGCAUUUUUCAGGAAACUCUAUAAAAGAAUAUGAGAAUUCGAAUGCCUUGCUGAAUGACAGCUACAGGAUCAUUAACAUCACAGGGUUCUUCUAUGGAUGUGGUCAUGCAGUGCACAACAACCACCUGUACUAUCAAAAGGGAGGAACCAACGUCAUUCUGAAACUUGGGCUCGAUAGAGCAUCGUUGGGCACAUUACUAAUUGAAAAUGCCUUGUAUCACGGUCGUAACUACCUCUUUUCGAACGCGAAGACGUAUUUCAACGUAGCAGUGGAUGAGAAGGGUCUUUGGAUUAUUUAUGCCUCAAGCACUGACGAAAAUAUCAUAGUGGCACAUAUUGAUGAAGAAACUUUUUCAGUUAUUCGGCGUAUCAAUACUACAUACCCCAAGUCCAAGGCUGGUAAUGCAUUCAUAGCAUGUGGCAUUAUGUAUGUUACUGAUACGAAGGAUAUGACAAUAAGUUUUGCUUUUGAUCUAUUGAGAGAGCAGCAGAUUGAUGCAAGGUUUGAGUUGCGGUCUUCACAGUCUGUCCUUGCUAUGCUUUCAUACAGUCUGAGAGAUAAGAAUCUGUAUACGUGGGAGAAUGGGAGCUUAAUGGUAUACCCAGUGCAUUUUGGGAGAUGAAUGUAUUUUAAAA